GGUGGCUCGAAGAGGAGGGAGUGGAAGAGGGAGAGGAAGAACAGCUUAUGGCGGCCGGCGGAAGUAACGAAGACGGCGGCGGCAGAGGCAGCGGCGACUAUCACGCUACGGCGUCUGGGCCGCUGCGACGACGAGAACGUCAUCCGCAUGUCGGCCCCCAGGUUGGCGGCGGCAGCAGAUCCACCACCGCAGCCGCGGCCGCAGCUACUGAGAGUUUUCGCCGUAGUGAGGCACCGCAUGACGCCGCAUUUGGAAGGCCACGGAGAACCGCGGAGGGAAAGAGCAGCGAAAACGUGCAUGACGUGCACGAUAAGGACGACAAGGGUGGUGGCGGUGUCGUACAAUACAUCAUGUACGACGACGAUAUGUACGAGGAUCUAGAGGGUGAUGAUGAUGAUUACGACGGCAACGUGGAUGAUUUGCUGGAGGAGCUUCUGACGUCAGCAAGCGGCGGGGGCGGAGGCGGUGUUGGGGGUGAUUACGGCGGCAGCAGCAACAGCAGCAGCGGCGGCAAGAGCAGCAGCAGUGGUGUCCACAACGGUGAUGCAUGCCACGUCAGCGGCGUGGCUGCUGUGACGGUAGCGGCGAUGCCGGCGACACCAGACGCACGCGUCUUUGCUGCUGACAAUGCCAAUAGCAAGCAGCAGCAGCAGCAGCCACAACCUCGACAGCAGCAGCAGGCAACGGCGAUGGUCGACGCAGCUGCCCGGGACGUGGGGGCUGCGACAGGCGGAACGCCGGCGGCAGCGGCGGUGGAGCGCAGGGGGCGGCAUGCUUCUGCCUCCGCAGCUGGGCGGGCUGCACCCAAGCCGGCGACGUUAGGGGACCCGCGGCAGCAGGACAGCGGCGGCCCCGGGAGGGAUGCGAGCAGGCAUGGAGGAGGUAGGGACGGGCGGGGUCCAGGUCAACCUCAUCCCGAACCAAUGGGAAGCAAUAACAGCGGGAGUAAAAGCAGUAACAGGAGCGUUAACAGCAAGCCAAAAGUGGAAAAGCAGCCGUCGACGCCGCACCACAGCAAGCGCCAGCCUCAACCACCGCAACUGUCAUCGAUGCGGCGAAGCGGAGCAGGAGGAUACGUGGGAGGCCCGCCUGACGGUUGGCAACAGUACGGCGGCUCAACCCCUCCGUCGCCGCAGCAGCAACAGCAGCAGAAAGCUGCAGCGGCGCCGAAGGCGACGCCAGCCAAUGCCACCCCCGCCAGUGCUAAACCUCGUAGCCGUGGCGGCGACGGCGGCGCCGUACAGUCGGCGUCUCCGUCUCCAUUCCCGUCCUCCGCCGGCGGCAGCGGCAGCGUCCAUGGCAUCGGUAGCAGAAGCGGAAGCGGAGGCGGCAUUUCAGCUACGCCGCCGGUGUUGCUACGCGCGUUCCUGUACUGCAUGGGCCGUAACGAACUGUACGACGCGCUGUGGCGGUUGGACUACAUGGAUCGGUUGGAGUUCGUUAGUCGGUUGGGGGAAGCGGACAUCGUGCUGCACAGGGCCCCAGCUCCCGGAGAGGAGCAGUUCGCCCUGCAAAAGCUGGUCAAGGGCGCUCGAGCCGCGCGCAUUCCGUUCGUAACGGUACGACAGGUUUCGGAGCAGGAGCUUGGUCCCGCUCUGGAGCGGGUGUUCAGGCGCUUCGAAGCCAUGUACGAACAGGUGCUUUCGGAGCCAUCAGCAGGUGGUGUUGCCGGGGCGGCUGCGGGGGCGCGGAAGGCACGCGGGUCGUAGACAGAUGACGUGUCUGGCCUCUGGGAUGCGCUUCCAGUUCAGGCCAUAAGGCCCUGCAUGUAACAAGGGCAAGUGCGGGACUGAGGCAUGUGUGGGGCAUGCGUGCAUACAUCGCAGUGCAGGUGGUUGAGCAGUUGAUGAGGAGCUGACGGGGAAUGUGUUUGCGGACCCAGGAGCGUUUCUAUUCUAGCGGUGCGGCACUGGUACGGCGUUGAUGCAGCAUUCGUGCGGAAUGGGUGCUGCACUGAUGCGGCAUUGGUGGGGGAUUGGUGCGGGGGAACGGAUAGUGGACUGCGGGCCGUAUAGAACAUAGUUG